UUUGUCAUAUUGAUGUUGAAUUCUUCUUCACCCAAGAUCUCUUUUCUCUCCCACUCUCUCUCUCUCUCCUUACUACAACUCCCCCCCUCCCCCACACCUCAAAAGGGGGUGUCACUAUAAAUGAACCAAAGGGGUCCACCUCUUUUCUCAUCUUUUUGUUUUCUAUAUUCACAUAGAUUAUUCUAAUUAAAAAUAAAAAAUAAAAAAAUUAAAGUCUUUUCAAGAACACAAUAAAGAAAUACAGGCUCCAUUAGAUCUAUCAAGGUCCAAUCUUUACUGGGUAUUUUUCAUUUUUAAUCAAUAUUAAGUUAAAUAUGCUUUUUCUCUUGUACAUAUUUGGUGGCAGUGGCAGAGUCGGGAUUUUCAUUAAGGGGUUCGUGGUUUUGUAUAUAUAGUGUGACUUUCCUGUACUGGAAAAUUGAGGAAUGAAAAGGAGAUGGGGAGGAAAGGAAGCUGCUUUUGUUCGGUAAAGAAGGCUCCGAGUCCAGAUCCUAAGGAAAAGGCUGACAAGAAAGCAAGUAAAUCAAAGAAGAAAUGGUUUGGGAAAGAAAAUCAUACACUCCCUGAAGAAUCGACAGUGGUAACUGCAACAGUGUCUCCUCCUCAUCCUCCUGCUAUUCCCACUGUGGAAGAGGUCACGUUGGAGGAAGUGAAAGAGGAGCAGACGAAACAUGCUUACUCAGUUGCAGUUGCCACAGCUGCAGCAGCUGAAGCUGCUGUGGCAGCUGCCCACGCUGCUGCAGAGGUUGUUCGGUUAACUACAGUGAACCAAUUUUCUGGUAAAUCACGAGAGGAAGUAGCCGCAAUCAAAGUUCAGACUGCAUUUCGAGGUUAUCUGGCGAGGAGGGCGUUGAGGGCUUUAAGAGGACUUGUCAGACUCAAAUCGCUUGUUGAUGGACCUACUGCCAAGAGGCAAACUGCAAAUGCUCUAAAAUGCAUGCAAACACUUUGUCAGGUGCAAUCUCAGAUUAGUUGUAGAAGGAUCACGAUGUUGGAGGAGAACCAAGCUCUCCAGAGGCAGCUUAUGCAGAAGCAUGCGAAAGAACUUGAGAGUUUGAGGAGAGGAGAGGAAUGGGAUGAUAGUCUACAAUCAAAGGAGCGAAUUGAAGCUAGCUUGCUCGGCAAAUAUGAAGCUGCAAUUAGACGAGAAAGAGCACUUGCAUAUUCAUAUUCUCAUCAGCAAACCUGGAAGAAAUCGUCAAGAUCUACCAAUUUGUUGUUCAUGGAUCCAACCAAUCCUCAAUGGGGUUGGAGCUGGCUAGAGCAGUGGACGGGUGCUGAGAAAGAACUUAAAACCGACCAGAUGUCUGCUAGAAGCGUGAGCAUUGCUGGAGGAGAAAUCGCCAAGUCAUUUGCCCGUCAUCAACUGAAUUCUGAACUUCCUUUGUCCCCUACUACCCCUUCCAAGCCAGCCGCCACUUCUGUAGCAGCCAGAAAACUGAAACCAGCAAGCCCGAGAGUUAGUACAACGAACCAAGAUGAUGAUAUCCGAAGCAUGCAAUCAGAACGGAACAGGAGGCAUAGCAUUGCAGGUUCAUCUAUAAGAGAUGACGAGAGCUUGGCAAGCUCGCCUUCAGUCCCAAGUUACAUGGCGUUCACCCAGUCCGCAAAGGCCAAAACACGGUUGCAAACUCCAUUGAGAAUGGAGAACGGCACACCAGAAAAGGGAUCACCGGGGCCUGUGAAGAAGCGGCUCUCUUAUCCACCAUCACCUGCCAGGCCAAGGCGGCAUUCAGGUCCACCAAAGUUUGACAACACCUCCUUGAGCACCUCCAUAAAUACCUCUAUCGCCGGGGAUAAUGUGAAUGGAGUCGUCAACUAAUUAUAUUCUUGUCACGAACAAUAAUAUGCACAAAUGCCAUUCUUUGUGCAAUAUCAACUACUUUGAUUUAUUGCACUUGAGCUCAGGGUCCUUCAGAAACAGUCUCGUAGAGGUAAAACCUGCAUACACUCUACCCUUCCCAAACCCCACUUGUGGGAUUUCACUGGAUGGCUCUGUCUUUGCGUGUUACUUUCUCCCGCGGUUGUUGAUGAACAAAUAAGUUCCAAUAGUUGUGAAUCAUUUUAGAUAACCUUCAUUGUCAUUACAUAUUUGAUUGUAUUGUUAUUAUGUACACCCAUAGUGAAUGAAAAUAUAUUGCUGUUUCGUUCUUCUUUCA